CAAUACUUCAUCCAUCCAUCAUCCCAGUUUUUGACUUCCUAAAGAACCUCUGCUCGUCUUAUCAUCAUGUAUUCAACCACUCAAUUCUCAUCCUCGGAUAAUUAUCAUAAACUCAUUACACCCAUUCUACCUACUUUCAAGAAACCUAACUUGGACUUGAAAACCUUUAACUCCAUCUCACUUGCUGAAUUCCAUCCUCUCAAUAAUCCUAAUUAUCCCAUUGCAAUCUUGGCGGGAUCUGAAACCCAAUCCAUGAAACAGGAUGUCAUCACUUGGAACGAGGUAGGGAGUGCGAUGGUUGGAGUUGCCCAUAAGCUACGUCACACCCUCGAGAGCUCUCCAGCUAAAGAGCCUGCAGUAAUUGGUCUCAUCGGGCACAAGGACCCAUUGACAUACUACGCCAUUCUUUUGACCAUCAUCAGGACAGGAUCCAUCCCUUUGCUAAUCUCACCCAGGAACUCGAUUGAUGGAAUCGUUCAUCUGAUCCAAGCAAGCGGCUGUAAACAUAUUUAUGUCGAAUUUGACCCUGAUGUCAAAGCCUCUGAUUUCCCAAAUAUGUCAAUUUCAGAGAAGCUCAGUCGUGAUCAAAUAGCGGAUAUAGAACGAGAAUUACCAAAAUCUCACUCUCUCAACCUACUUGGCUUUCCAAAUGCAUUCGAACUUUUCCCUCGCUUGAUCAAAGGUUCUCCAUAUGAAUUCAAUCACGACUUACCACAUCAACUCGCGCAAAUCCCCAAACCAAGUCAAUCUGAAUUUGCUCCUGUUAUGAUCUUACAUUCUUCAGGCUCAACUGGCAUACCAAAAUUAAUCCCUCUCAAUAGAAUCACUUUUCAAUGUUUCUUACGCUCAUCUGAUUUUGGACAAUUCUCUUGGACGGGAGAAUUGAUUUCAGCAAUGGCACUUCCACCGUACCAUGCAUUAGGAGUUCAAACAUGUUUUAACGUUUGUCUUUCAAGUGGCCUUGAAUACUCUAAAGAGCCAGAGAGUAUCGAGUUUUUAAAAGGUGUUAAACGCAUCGCUUACGGCGGCGCACCCUUAUCUGUCAACAUUGGGAAUUUACUUCAACAGAAUGGUGUCAAGAUCAGUUCUUUGUAUGGCAUCACCGAAGUAGGGAUAGUCUCGGUUUGCCUACCUGAUCCUUGCUACGGAGCGGAUUGGGAAUACUUCGAGAUAUCGCCACAAAUCAAGGCUCAACUGGAGCCACAUGAGAACGGAUUGUGCUCUUUGGGGUUCGAAAAAGAAUUCGGACCACAAACUUAUCAUACAUCUGAUCUUUUGGAAAAACAUCCAACCCGUUCUAUGUAUCGCCUCGUGGGUAGACUUGAUGAUCAGAUCACUCUGUCUAAUUCGGAAAAAAUAAACCCAAUCCCAUCAGAAACAACCAUCCGAUCCAAUCACGCGAUCAACGGUGUAUUGUUAUUCGGGCGUGGAAAGCCUCAAAUUGGUGUCGUCAUUGAACCGCACGAGAAAUAUGCUGUGGACGUAAAUGACCGUUCCGCCGUUGAGCGCUACAUCGACUUAAUCUGGCCCUCAAUUGAAGAAGCAAACAAGCUUGCACCUGCGCAUGGUAGAAUAACGCGAAAUAUGAUCCUUGUCAUUGAUCCGCGAUCCAAAUCAAUUCCUAAGAACUCCAAAGGAUUAGUGUCACGACCUAAAACUUUACAGCUUCUAGCCGAAGAAAUUGAAGCGAUUUAUCAACAAGAGCCUGAUGAUGAUACUGUCUCUGGAUUGCGGCUCCUUGAUUCUUCUGGGAAACCUUCGGAAUCCUCAGUCACAUUGAGUAUCAAGAGCAUUAUUCAAACCGUUCUCAAGCGGGAGGUCAAAGUGAAUGAUGACCUAUUUCUCGAUCAAGGCUGCGAUAGUGUCCAUAUCACCUCUAUCCGAUCAAAGACUUCGCAUCUGAUCAAGGCCAACACCGAGAAACAGAUCAAAAUUCCAACGAACGUAGUGUAUCAAUACCCAUCAAUCGAAAAAAUGACCAGAUGGCUCAUGGGCGUCUUGUCUGAAGACGAAGGAGGUAACCAUAAGAAGGGAGAUGGACUUGACCCGUGUCUACAACUCAAAGCCAUGAUCAAAAAGUAUCUACCUCUCCAAGUAUAAAACUUCUUCGUGAAAUGAUCCAUUGUAUUUCUAUCAUGACAUCCACCAACGUGUAAGGUGUCAUUGUGUUUUCAAUACAUCAUAAGAUAUUAAACUUCCUACAAUCCCAAACUUUAUUGAUGAGGUUUUAAGAUAGCCUCUAGGUAAUUUAUUAAAUCAAUUUUUCUUGAC